AUGUACAAGUGGAUUUUGAUUUGUGCAGCACCUAUUGUGCUUGUUCUACUGUGGUCUUUUCCUAUUAUUUGGUGCCUAAUUUACUUGUUGUUACUUGGUAUAUUUAUUGUGAUAGCUGUGUUCGUGCUAACUUUGUGGGGCCAUGUCGCAUUAUCCUCUCCUCAUCAAACGUCUAUUUUCUUGUUGGAUAAAGUGGACAAAGAAGUGCGGCAACUUGAAGACACAUUAAAAGAGGAUCAUACAACAUGGCCCUUUUCUACAAAAAAAUCUCACUUGCCUGUUAUAUUUGGAAGAACUGUGGAUAGCCAGCUACAGUUACUUAUUGAUUACAUUCUUCGAGACUUCCUGACUCGAUGGCUUAAAGAGUUAUCACACAAGCCGGAUCCAGUUGUGGACAAGUUCAAGGAACAUGUUUGGGGUGCAAUACAAAACUUGCACGAAAGACUCUUGAGAGUGGACGCAGAGAAAUUACUUGCUAAUGAUAUGGUUAUGAAAAUAACACAACAUUUUGAAAGAAUAAGAAUUGCCAGGAGCUGUGCAUUGGAAUUAAACCAAGCACCUGUGUUUGCACUCGCUCCACAUUUGAUAACCUUUGAGACGGAACAGCACUACCUUCGUCAGAUAAGUGAACUCGUCAUCAUGUUCCUGAUGCCGAGAUGCUAUUCUUUGGCACCCGCAUCACAUCUCAUGAGAGAGAUUUUAGCUUGCAAAAUUCUACAACCAGCAAUAGAUCUAGUAACAGAACCUGACUAUAUAAACCAAAAGAUCAUUCAGUAUUUAGAGGCGCAGAAAGAAGUGGACGCGAUGCACGUAAGGACGCAUGAGUACGCGAAAACAUUUGAAGACUACAUACGACUUAUCAAUAGUUGCAACAAUGUUGACACGCUGAAACGGUUACGAUAUGACAUAGUGACCCAAAUAAUGCAAGCGACAACGCUACAAAAUGUUAAACGCGCUAAAGGGGUAGACAUAGAUGCUAUAGAAAAAAGCAAUACACAGCAUAAUGUUAGCCGACAGCAAAUAGCCGAUGCCAAGAAACUACAGAGGUAUAUCAACCAGCUAACGAUAGCGAAAGCCGAGUGCGAGACGGCUUUGAGGAAAUUGGGAUGGGAUGGCGCUUUCCCUACGGUGGAAUCGAAUAGUAAGACUUUACCACUGCACAAAGUGAUGGAAAGUGUGACCGGUCGGAGAUAUCUCGCAAUGUUUUUGGAGAAAAUGUGCUCGCAAGGGUUGGUGGGUUUCUGGACUUCCGUGGAAGAGUUGAGACACAGUCCAAGAAGUAGCUGGCAUCAACUAGGCGCAGAAAUAUUUUAUACCUACAUCAGGUCGCCUAGUGCUGAAGUGAAAGUUGACAAAGAUACUAGGAAGCGAAUGGAAGCAUUCCUACUGGGUGACAAAGGACCCGAAGUUUUUUAUGAAGUACAAGAAACGGUUCUAGAUACAAUACAGGAUAAAUAUUACCAGUCUUUUCUUAUGAGCGAUCAUUACCAGGCUUUGAUGGCGGAACUGGCGACUGAAGAGGCUAAUAAAGAUAAAAGUACUGACAGGUCACCAAUAGAAGACCGGCAGUUGUCCAAUGAAUCUGUAUCGUCGGCGGAAAGUGUGGGCGGCGCGUUACAUCUCACUGAACACUCCACUUACGCCAGAAGAAAACUGGACCAGUUGCAAGAGCGACAUAAUAAUAAAAUACAGGCGUUGGCAGCACUGCGCGCGUCGCUGAAGCCCGAGUCGCCGGCGCUGGCCAUGUUGGCCAACGAGGUGGAGAAGCUGGCGAGCGAGCAGAUGCGGCUGGAGGCGCACCUGGCGCGCACCGACACCUGGGCCGACCACCUCGGCCGCUGGCGCGCCACCGUGCACAGCGCCGAGGUGAUAGACGAAUCUAAACCGCCGCAGUUCGUAAUAGUGGUGCAUAUGGCGGAGCAAGAAAACGCACGAAACGAGGAUAAACCAGAACAAAUAACCACAGGCUGGGUACUGUUGAGGACCUUGAACGAGUUUCAGGAGUUGCAUCGAAAGUUACGGCCAAUGUGUUCAGAAUUGAAGAAUUUAGAGCUGCCAUCAAAUUCGUUUAAGUUUUUGUUUGAAAAUGAUAAAAACUCCUUAGAGAAGGCGAAAAUUUUAAUCCAAAAGUAUUUAGAGUUCGUGUUAGAAGACGACAGACUAAACCAAAGUGAGGCUUUAUACACUUUCCUUAAUCCUAGUUCUGAGUAUUUAAAACAAGGCGACUUACCAAAGAAAAACAAGUUCUCCUUUUCAACUCUGUUUAAAAGUACGAGCAGUGAGGCGACGAAUCGAUCGUCUCAAGAGCGAGAGGCCUUCGCACAUCUCUCUGCCGAUGAGGACGAAAUAUCAUUGUACCUCGACGGCAACGGAGGUGAUGCUACCAACAAGGCCAUCACAAAUUCUAUGCGUGGUGCUGGAGUAAUGGCGGAAGAAAGAGACAGUAUAGCGGAGCCGUUGUACGCGUUGCUGAGUGAAGUGUUCGACAUGCGCGGCGUGUUUCGAUGGCUGAGGAAAACUCUAGUAACAUUUGUGCAAAUUACAUACGGCCGGACCAUCAACAGACAAAUAAAAGAGACUAUAUCGUGGUUGUUUUCGGAGCAAAUGUUACAUUAUUACAUUGGCGUUGUACUGAAGUCUUGGUGGCCCGGUGGUGUACUCUCAGAAUCAACGUCUAACAGAAAUUUUCAAGAUAAAGAGCACACGCGCACGCUGGCGCGCGCGCAGGUGUCGGAGGCGGUGUGCGAGGCGCUGUCGUCGCUGCUCGGCGCGCAGACGGCGGCGCGCGGCGCGCACAAGCUCUUCCUCACGCUGCAGAACACCACGCACAACAAACAACUCUUCUAUGAACUCUUUGAAUUGGUGUUGUUAGAAGUAUUUCCAGAGCUCAAACGUUACCAAUGAACGCAGUUUGCGUAAGUAUGGAAACAUAGGUAGACAAUAUGAUUACAAAAUGUUUAACCUUACAGGGAUCUUAUCCGAAGUACGAUUGGUGAUUAUUGUCUAAAAGACAUUCCGUUCUGUUUGACGAUUUUAUAUUUAAACUUUAUUUUUUUAUUGUGUAAAACAAAAAGUAAUGACACAAAUUCCUUAAAAUAAGUUUUAUACUUGAUGCGUUCUUGUAACUCACGCGGCCGUUUUUUGGCAAACUUUCAAUUAUUUGGUUAUUCGCAAAUUAACUUAAGUUUUUUUGUAUUUCCUUUGCCAUAUUUUAUCAUAGAGUAUUAUAAAAUAAUUUAAUUAAAUUAGUAUAGAGAAUUGAUCUCAUUUUCGUGGACGUUUAUCUUAAAUUAAAAUAAAAUAAUGUGGAAACAUUUUUAAAGUAAUUCACGAACGAUUCAUGGUCACGUUUAUUUAUUUUUACUCCACUGCGUGUGCCAAAGACAGCACUUUGAAUGCGAAACAAACUGGAGCGUCAAUGUAGUGGUUACUUUAAAAUGUUACAUUUACAAGUUGUAAUGUGAAUGAGUUAGAAUAGUUGCUGGAUGUUGUUUAAAACUUUGAGUAUAAAAUGUCGCAAUGAUUGGCUUUACUCCAAUUAUUAUGCAAAGAUAUAAGAUCUGUUUUCUUUCUAUCAUAACUUUUCUUUAAACUUUCCUAUCCCUCAAUGUCUUAUUCUACUUUGUUAUUUAACAUCAAUUUAUGUUGUUAAAAAUAUGGAUAUCAAAUCUGAUUUACAAGUCGUAUUCAUUGGAUAAUUACUAUUAUUAUUAUAGUUAAAUGUAUUUUCAUCAUUGGUUUCAAAUCGAUGCCCACGUAAUAAGUAUUACUGUGUACCUGAUCUAUAUAAAAAUGUAUUUCUGAAUCUCAACAUUCCUACUUUUGUUACGAAAUGUUUUCGUCUCUAGUCUAUUAAAUAUUAUUUAGUAUUUUUACGGGUUUUAAUGAUAUGUAAAGUCUGACUUGCAAAUGAUUCGUAGCCUAAGUUUCGCGGAACAAAUACAUCGGAAUAGGCUAAAUAUGUUAUGUACAGGAUAGAUUUAUGGGAACACCCCUGCGCAUUCCAUACAUAUACAAUUUUCAUGAUCAUAAGAGUUGUUAAUCUUUAAUCUUUGGAACACUUUAAUGACCUACAGAAAGCGGUUGAUCAAUGAUACUGUCCCCAAGUAUUUUUUUAUAACAAUUAUACAUUUCACAAAUUAACGCCAUCUGCUAAUACCGAUGCUAAAAAGUAAUCUAACACAGCGCACACAGAUGGCGCGCAAGUCGUUUAAGAGUAAAAAAUACGCCUACAGUAAUGUACUCGAUGAUUUCUAGGCCAGCAAUUUAAGGAAUCCUCAUUUUUCGGAAACCUGAAAUUUCAUCAUCAUUAGUUUAUCGAAUAAAAUAGAACGUAAUUGUAUAGGCUACUAAUAAAGAUGUUUUAGCCCAUGUUCUAUAAUUUGUGUGUAGUCAUAGAUUUUUAUCGAUAGUCGUUUGUUUUUCCGUACUCUACUUCGGCUGUGGUAGGACUUUGGUUAACUGAGCAUUUGUUAAAUAUUUGCACUGUACUAGCUGUUAUGUAUUAUUCUUUAUUACACUGUAAUAUUUCACUACAUUACGAAUUUCGUGUUUUAUACUAUUUAUAUACAAAUUAUAUUUAUAUGGAAAUACAUCGUAAUUUAGUAUUUAUUUGUACUUUACUGUUGGUGACUAUUGUAUGACAGUUCUUUGAAAUUAGUUCUCGUAGUUAGAUUUUACUGUACAUUAUAAUGAAUGUUAGGUAUAGUCACUUGCCUGUAUGCUUUGCAGCAGAAAAUAUAUUUUAUUAUAAUUUAUUAUUUAUAUUGACUUAUUUUCGAAUUGAGUACAAUUAUCGUACUCUUUUAAUAUUUUAGAGUUAAUUUGUAAUGAGCUAAUGACUUGUUUAUUCAUGUAUUCUGUCAAUGUCUGAACAAAUAUCUAUGUAUGCUAUCUAUAAGUGUUAUGGUAUAAAUUAUCUGUUGUUAACUAUGUGUAAACAAUAUGUAAUCUGAUAAUAAACUAAAUGUAUUUUAUUAAUGCA